GUUUUUAAUAAGACUUGGAAUUAUUUCGUGAUUAACUUUUACAUCUCUCGAGAAAAGAGAUUACGUACAUCCCACUUGAUCAUGCGGAUUCUGGUUACACAUAUAAACCCUCAGUCUUCUCUUUCUCCUAUGUAUCUACUGAUUUUUGAUAGAUGAACCUUCAGAAGACGGAUUGCAGUGCCAAUUGGAAUCUGUUCUUGCCGCAACAAUGGCUAACCGACGGAGUGGCCAAAUAGGAUUUGAUCAGUCGUCACCAUCAGUUAGCUCACCAGCUUUGAAAAAAAGAAAUCUAGGCAUAUCCAUUAACAACUAUAAUCCAACGCCAUCACCAUUCAAGGAGCCUGCAGAUCUCACCAUGUCUAUGAAUGAUCACAAUUCCAACGGUGGCGGUGGCGGUGGUGGAAGAGCAGAUGAAGAAGAUAGAGAUCAAAGCGAGGAGCUUAACGAGGGCGCCGUUGAGUUCCCAACGCGUAGGGAAAGAGGCAGGCCUACAGGUUCAAAGAACAAGCCAAAACCACCCGUAUUUGUGACAACGGACAGUCCUAAUGCGCUGCACAGCCAUGUUAUGGAGGUGGCGAGUGGCUCCGAUGUGGCAGAGAGCAUAGCUGAAUUUGCAAGAAAGAGGCAUAGAGGAGUUUGUGUGUUGAGUGCAAGUGGGAUAGUUAAAAAUGUGACAAUUAGACAACCUUGUGAUGCAGUCAUGGCUCUAAAUGGCCGCUUUGAAAUCCUCUCCUUGACCGGUGCUUUUCUCCCUGGGGCGGCGCCACCGGUAGGAUCCACAGGGAUGACUAUAUACUUAGCCGGCGGUCAGGGACAGGUGGUGGGAGGUACUGUGGUGGGUUCUCUGGUGGCUGUUGGCCCAGUAAUGGUGAUUGCUUCUACGUUUUCGAAUGCUACUUAUGAGAGGUUGCCUUUGGAUGAGGAAGAAGAAGCCACCGCUGCCGCCGCUGGGGGUGGUGCAGACGGAGGACAGGCUGGCAUUGGUGGUGGUGAUAUGGGUGAACCGCCGUCGUUGGCACCAUAUAACAUGCCACCUCGGAAUGGAGGAGAAUUGAGCCAUAGUUCAUUUUCAUGGAAUCAUGGCCCUGCAAAUUACUAGAGAUGAAAUUAACUUGUUCAUGUAUUAAAUUUUAACAUAUGGUUCACAAGUCGAAUGGUACAUUUCAAAAAAUAAAUAUAUCAACGGAUCAUAUCACUUUUAGGAUUUUUCCGAAUGUACAAGGAGGUCUUUCUGUAUAAAUUCUAUGAAAAAUUUAAUAUAAGUGUAGCAUCUAUUACUUUUAA